AUGAAGAUUCGCUUUAGGGAUUCUAGAGUGGGGUUGGGAUUGCAUUGCGGAUUAAUUUGUAUCGAGAGGAAAUCCGUGUUAUGCCCACUACUGAUGAAGUUCGUGAUGCAUCGGCGUCCGGUAAAUUAUGUAUUAUAUCCAAAGGUAUCAAGAAGACUGCAUGGUUUCAGCCCACUCACUCCACUGUUGUAUGCUGAGUCCUGCUAUUUUACAAAAAUCCUGCAAUAUACCAUUGAAGGCAUACACUCAUUGGAAAUACCAUGGGUUGGCACAUUUAUGCUCUCUGGCGUGUUAUUCCGUUUUGUCAGCUUGCCACUGCAUGUGUAUGCAGAGCGGCUGCUCGCCGAAAGAUACCGUGUUGUCAACAUUUUGAAUCAUGAGCUCAUUAAAAAGUUCAGCAAGCAUUAUGACUUGGAUGUUGUUUCAAGUGGGAAUGGCCCUUUCUUGCAGCUUAAUACUACUGAUAAGUCCAUACUGCAGAAGACCAAUAAAUUGUCUAAAGAAAUCAUAUUGGACGUAUGCUGGAAACAUCGCUUACAGCUUUCUCGUAUUCAGCACUUGAGGUUUUGCGCUUUGUCAAUAUGGACAUUUUCCUCAUUUGCCAUACGAAAUGUCAUAAGUUCAGAAACCAGUUAUCCUUUUAAAGGCAUCUUAUGGUUUCCAGACCUGUUACAACCUGAUCCUUACUAUGCUCUACCAAUAUUAGUUGGUGUUCUAGGAUUUUUCAAUUUCUUUGCGCAACAGCGCAUAUAUACUUAUAAUUCGGUUAAAUUGAUGACGGUUACCAAUGUUUUUUACUCGUUAUUCAUGAUUUUUGGUAUGUAUUUCAUGUCGUAUAUGCCUGUGUGUAUUCCAUUGUUUUGGUUGUCUGUUUCUCUAACUGGAUCCAUACAACAUUUCGCAUUCAGGCAUCCUAAAAUCAAAAAAUUUUUUGGUAUAAAAUCAUUACCCUCAGAUUCUACCACUCCUAUUCGAGAUCUGCUCCUCAUCAAAUGA